UUUGCUAAACACUCUCUGACAAUAAUCAAAUCAGAAAGACUUGCCGCCUUGAAAGACUCAGCAAUGGAUGUCAGUCGCUGUUUCAAAACGUCCAGAGAGUGGCUCGGCGUGGUGUGCGCGUUUCUGCUGCUCCAAUCGGUUGUCGGAGAGCGUGCAAAUGGAAUGAAGGAGCAGCAGUGUUAUAGUUACGCCAGUGGACACGUUUAUCCCGGAGAAGCCUUCCGUGUUCCAGUCUCUGAUCAUUCACUACACCUGAGCAAAGCCAAAAUUUCAAAGCCAGCACCACAUUGGGAAGGAACAGCUGUCAUCAAUGGCGAGUUUAAGGAGCUGAAACUGUCAGAUUACAGAGGAAAAUAUCUGGUCUUCUUCUUCUACCCACUGGACUUCACUUUUGUGUGCCCUACCGAGAUCAUCGCCUUCAGUGAUCGUGUGCAGGAGUUUAAGGCCAUCAACACUGAGGUGGUCGCAUGCUCAGUGGACUCUCAGUUUACCCACCUGGCCUGGAUCAACACGCCCAGGAAGCAAGGAGGUCUUGGACCAAUGAAAAUUCCCCUUCUUUCUGACCUCACUCACCAGAUUUCCAAGGACUAUGGCGUCUUUCUGGAGGAUCAUGGGCACACACUUAGAGGUCUCUUCAUCAUCGAUGAUAAAGGAGUUCUGAGACAGAUCACUAUGAAUGACCUGCCAGUGGGACGCUCCGUUGACGAGACCAUCAGACUGGUACAGGCCUUCCAGUACACCGAUACACAUGGAGAAGUGUGCCCAGCUGGAUGGAAGCCUGGCAGUGAUACGAUAAUCCCAGACCCUGCAGGGAAACUCAAGUACUUUGAUAAACUCAACUGAGGUUAAUGAUUCACAAGAGGCUUUGGUUCCAGUGACUCUUUUUAAAGAACAAACUAAAUAAAUGGAGAGUUUUGAUAAACCUGUAGUCUGAUUUAUCCCUGCAAUAUACAGUAUGUUGGAUUGUUUGUAUGGCUGUAAAAGAAGCUUAUAUUUGUACUCAAACUCACAUGUAACAGAAGUCCUGGCCUGACACUCAUCUGACACUAGAGGGUGAUAUGGAUGCACGUUUUGUUCCAAACGGCCUUGCUUCCAUGUACUGUGCUGUUUUUCUGUAAUUAAAAGAAAGGAAAAUCAGAAAUGUAACAAUCUGAUGCUUUGUAGCUACAGCUGUCAUUUUAGAUUCAUACACCUUUUCUCAUUUCUAAUUAUUUAAAGAUUAAAUUACACUUUUCCUCAGAAUAGGAAAUGUAAACCUGUGUUAAAUAGACUGCCCUCAAGUACCACAAACAUAACAAUCCUGGGACAAAAAAGUUGUCACAGUUAGAUAAGGCAGUGUCCCAGACAGGCUUUAAGGCCAAAGUGCAAACCUAAGAACUGUCAAACAAUAAAGUUAUGUGACAUUGUUACACUGUGAA